AAAAAAGGUCGAAGCUUUAAAUGGAGAGAAGACGAAACCAAUCUCCAGUCGGUGGUCACUCUUCUUGAAACAGAAACCCUAAUUUCACUCUCUUUCUCUCUCCUGUUUCUAAUUCAGAAACCCUAUUGAGGUCUGCUGGUAUAUGUUGAUUGGUCAUUCAGUGAUUCUCUGUUCUUCAAGUGACCAAUAAUGGAGUACCCAGAAGGACAGAAGCAAGAAGAAUUCGUUAUAGCUUCUAUCUCGUCUCUAUCAUCUUCUUCAGAGGUUUCUUCCUCUCCUGUAGCUCGUUUUAGUUCCGAUUCUGGAGCUGCGCAGCUUCGGUUUCAUCAGCUGUCGGAGUCCAGUGAUUGUGUCCAAGUUGAUCUUCAAACUUCUCAGAUUUUGAAGUUAAGCCCCAUUCGAUCCCUAUGUUUAUCUGAAGGUUCUGAAGAGGGGAAAAAGAAUGCAUAUUCGACUGGUUUGCUUAUUCAAUUUGAGAAGGAAGAAGAGAGUGAUGCUUUCCAUUCUGCAUUUGAUCGAUGGAAGAAGAUGGCGGUUUCUCUAGAAACACAUAUACCAAAUGGUCCUUUACAAGAUGCUAAAAACAAGUUUGACUCCAAAAUAGAAACAUCUUCUUCUAAAAUGUAUUUCCAUUACUAUGGACAGCUGCUACAUCAGCAGAACAUGUUACAAGACUAUGUGAGAACAGGGACAUAUUAUGCUGCAGUCAUUGAAAACCGUGAAGAUUUUGUAGGCCGUGUUGUUGUGGAUGUGGGUGCAGGAAGUGGUAUACUAUCUCUAUUCGCUGCUCAGGCGGGUGCAAAGCAUGUUUAUGCUGUGGAAGCAUCUGAGAUGGCAGAAUAUGCACAAAAGCUUAUUGCGGGGAACCCAUCCUUGGCUGAACGAAUUACGGUAGUGAAGGGUAAAGUUGAAGAAGUAACAUUGCCAGAAAAGGCAGAUAUUUUGAUCUCCGAACCAAUGGGCACUUUAUUGGUCAAUGAAAGAAUGCUAGAGACUUAUGUCAUUGCAAGGGAUCGGUUUCUUAAUCCCAAUGGGAAAAUGUUCCCUUCAAUUGGAAGAAUUCAUAUGGCACCCUUCAGCGAUGAGUAUUUGUUUAUUGAAGUUGCAAAUAAGGCCCUUUUUUGGCAGCAACAAAAUUAUUAUGGAGUUGAUCUGACACCCUUGUAUGGAUCUGCAUUUGAAGGAUACUUCUCACAGCCUGUAGUUGAUGCUUUUGAUCCAAGACUUUUGGUUGCUCCUUCCAUGACCCAUGUUAUUGAUUUCGCUUCAAUAAAGGAAGAAUCGUUAUACGAAAUCGACGUCCCAUUGAAAUUCAUAGCCUCCGUGGGAGCUAGAAUUCACGGGUUGGCUUGUUGGUUCGAUGUUCUAUUUAACGGAAGUACUGUUCCAAGAUGGCUGACCACAGCUCCUGGUGCACCAACUACCCAUUGGUAUCAACUACGAUGUGUCCUCUCUCAGCCAUUUUAUGUAAUGCCCGGUCAAGAAAUUACUGGUCGGCUUCAUUUGAUUGCCCACAAUGCUCAAAGUUAUACUAUCAAUCUAACAAUGUCAGCCAAAAUGUGGGGUCCUGGUGCAAGUAAAGGAGGAAUUCUGCAAACCUCAUCUUGUAAAUUUGAUCUGAAAGAGCCUUAUUAUCGCAUGUCUCAGCCUCAAGCCUAUCCUUUGUCUCAGGACAACCAAUCAUAUCCUCUAAUGAAUAAUAUGCAGGAUAUUCAAAUACAAUCUGAGGAUGAUGAUGCUUCUAAUUUGAUGCAGCAACUAACACCAAAUUGAUCCAAGCUGAACUACAAUUUUGCUAGGCUCACAAGCUAAAACUUGGAAGGUAAUUCCAUUGGAGAAGGAAUAACACGACUACUUGAAGAGACGUGCACGAUUGAUGAUUUUGGUAUUUGAGUAUCGGGUUUUAAAGAAAAAAAAAUCAAUUCUUUUCUCUCGUUUUAUUCAAUUUUGUUGUUCUUCCUGGAAUUGCUAGUAUUGAUUGACAACUAUUCUCUUGCUGCAUGUAGUUUGAAUUGUGGUGGUUACCAUAUUGAAAUUCAUGAAUGAUUUGAUUCAAGGUAGUUUCAAUUUUAUCUUAAAUGAAAGCCAUUUGGUUUGAA